UCCAACGUAAAUUCAUGCCAUGGAUGGUUCUAAAGAGAAAAAAUGCAUUCAUAUUCAAUGCAAUUUUGGAAAUUUCAGGGAGCCACAAAAAUCUGUGCGUACUGCCCGGAUACAUACAUACCGCAUCUUUGAUACUGAAGAACAUGGACCCCAAGGUCGACCCUUGCGAUAACUUUUAUCGAUACGCGUGUGGUGGCUUCGUUAACCGGACGAUUGUAUCUGAUGAGGAACCGAAAGUGAACUACCAGACGAUAUUGGAAAAGAAAAUUCGUGACUGGGUGAAAUACAGACUCCAGACCGAAGUUGGAUCCGACGAGCCAAGACAUUUUAAGCUAGCGAAAAAUUUAUACAACAUUUGCAUGAAUGAAACUGCAAUAGCGGCCGCAGGACUCGAGCCUCUUCGCGCCCAAUUAAACAAACUCGGUGGAUGGCCAGUUGUGCUCGGUGACGCAUGGAACGAAAGCGAAUUCAAUUGGACAGACACGAUUUAUAAGUUUCGCGAUGCUGGCUAUCCCCACAACAAUCUCAUCCAUGUAGGGUUCAUCAUAGAUCCAAAGAACAAUUCAAAAUUGAUCAUCAACAUUGACCAAGGGACAUCAGGAUAUUAUCACGACUUCGUAUUGCUGGGCUUGAAAGACGGUUUCGACAGAUACAAUUAUAUGGUGAACAUGGCUGUGAAGCUUGGUGCUGAUAGGACUCGUGCUGAGAAAGAAGUUUCCAAUUUUGUGUCCUUCGAAAUUUGGCUGGAAAACAUCAGGCUGACAGUUGCGGAACGUAGGAACAAAACUCGACUCGACAAUCUGAUGAAACUGAAAAAGCUGACGGAAACCUACCCGAGCAUACCGUGGCGCGAAUAUUUCAGAAGGUUGUUACCAGCCUCGAUUACAGUUGGGGACGAUGAGAUCAUCAAUGUGAGCGCGCCCAGCUACUUCACCAAAUUGGAAAAUUUAUUGGGCGAAACUGACAAAAGGAUGCUGGCGAACUAUCUCAUGUGGAGAAUCAUCACCUAUUCUAAAAGAUAUCUGGAUGCUGGCUCGACCUUAACCGAUCCUGAGUCUAGAGCGAGAUCAGACCUUUGCUACGAUAUUGUCUUCGAACAGUUUCCACUCGUCGUCGCUGCUACGUUCGUUAGAAAAUAUAUCUCUAAAGAAGCCAAGGAAAGAGCCAUUGACAUUGUGAAGGACGUAAAGAGACAGUUCGAGGUCGUUCUGAAGGACAUUGCCUGGAUGGAUGAGAGAGCACGAAGAAGAGCGUUGAAGAAAGUUGAAGACACGGCCUUGUACGUUGGCUAUCCUGACGAGCUACUGGACGACGAAAAGCUCGGAAAGUACUACGAAAAGCUCAAGUUCCCCGGUGACGAUUAUCUCGAGAGUGUAUUGAGUGUACGGAAAUUCAGUAUUGACUCAAUCUUGGGCAAACUGCGCGAGCCUGUCAAUGGAACUCGAUGGACACAUCCUGAAAGAUCUCUGUGGGUAGAUCCUCUUUAUCUGCCUGAGGAAAAUAGCCUUCUUAUUCCGGCUGGUAUUCUGCAAGGCGUUUUCUUUGAGAAGAAUCAACCAAAUUAUAUGAACUACGGUGCCAUUGGAUUUGUUGCUGGUUCUGGAAUGUCUCAGGCCUUUGAUACCACGGGCAAGCAAUUCAACGAACGUAAAAACAGUGCUGACUGGUGGUCACCUGAAACUGAAGAACGUUAUCGUCAAAGUGUACAAUGUCUUACUGAGCAGUAUGGAAACUACACUCUUUCAGAUGUUGGCAUAAACCUGGACGGUGUCAGCACGCUGAAUGAAAACAUUGCGAACAACGGAGGUAUCAGAAUCGCGUAUUUAGCGUACAAAAGUUGGAUCGCCAGAAACAAAGCGGAAGCUCGGUUGCCCGGAAUCGAUCGGACUCCGGAGCAGAUGUUCUGGCUAAGUGCUGCGAACGCCUGGUGCGCAAAGCAUACAGAACAUGGUCUCAUUUCGGCAACGAUCGGGAACAUACACGGUCCAGAAGAAUUUCGGAUCAUCGGAGCGUUCUCAAAUAUGCCUGAGUUCGCCGAUGAUUACCAAUGUCCAGUGGGCUCAAAAAUGAAUCCUGAAAAAAAAUGUUCGGUUUGGUGAACAUUCCGCGAGAUCUUCUGACCCUCGAAUUCAACAAUUGUGUAAAAUAUUUUUGAUUAAUAAAACACAUUAAGGAAGUUGAGGCAUUAGAAUGAAAAUGAUGUCAUCGCUUUUAA